AUUAAUAUGGAAGCAUAUCCUAUUAUUACUCAUGGCUUGGAGCCAACGGAACUCAUCAGCAUUCACAUCGAAUGCGAGAAACUUGCUAAUAUGGAUUAUUUCAGUGAAUCAGACCCUGUCUGAGAAGUAUAUUCCAAGGACAAAAAAGAAGGAUCAGAGUGGGUUAAGAUAGGAGAAACAGAGCAGAUCAAUAACAACCUCAAUCCUAAAUUUGUCAAAUCCUUCCAGCUCGAAUACUUCUUUGAACGUGAAACAAUGCUCAAGUUCUGCCUCUAUGAUGUUGAUGUGAUGACAAGAGACCACAUCGGGGAUAUGGAAACAACUAUUGGAAGAAUUAUGGGUAGUAGGAAACAAACCUAUAAGGGAAACUUGUUUUCAAAGAAUGGCAAUACAACUGGAAAGAUCAUAAUUUCUGCUGAAAAAGUCGCAACUGAGAAUUACUCAUUGAAUUACAUUGCAAGUAUCUCAGGACUACCACCUAAAGUCUAUUGGGUUUUCUUUGGGAGAGAUGAUCCUUUCUAUUUCAUUGAGAGAAGUAAAGGCCCAGAAUCAGAUGAGUUCAUAAGAGUCUAUCAAAGUCCGCAUCAAGUGAAUACUACCUCUCCCAGAUGGAGGGACGAAAAGAUUACAUCUCUAAAAUUAUGUAACAGCGAUGUAAACUGAACAUUAAAGUUCACCAUCAUGUCUUUUGAUGCCUCUGGAUAUCAUCAGCCUUAUGGAGAAUUUCACACAACUCUCAAAGAAAUAAUGGAUGGAAAAAGGGAGUUCGAGAUUAGAGAGGUUGGCAGCUCUAAAUCUCUCAAUUGCUACUUCAAAUUAGAUACCUUUAAUUACCGGGAAACUAAAAGUUUCUAUGAUUUCCUCCACUCUGACUGGGAGAUUAAUCUCACGUGUGCAGUCGAUUUUACUCUUUCUAACGGAGAAGCCCAGUCUCAAGACUCUCUUCAUUAUAUUAAUCCCAAUGGGUCAAUGAAUCAAUAUGAACAAGCUAUUUUGACUGUUGGCCAAGUACUCGAGAAUUACGAUACUGACAACCUAAUCCCUGCUUUUGGGUUUGGAGGGAUCCCUUUGUAUAGUGGUUCAAGAAGUGUAUCACAUUGCUUCCAUCUGAAUGGUAAUGAAAACCCUCAAUGUCAAGGUCUUCCUGGUCUAAUGGAGGCUUAUAAAUUCUCUUUGCAAAAUGUGCAGCUCUACGGUCCUACUUACUUUGCACCAUGCUUAAAAAUAUUCAUUGAUUAUGUUGAACAGAAUGUUUCCCAGAAGCUAUACCACAUCUUCUUGAUUCUUACAGAUGGAAUAAUCCAUGAUAUGACUGAAACCAAAGAAUUGAUUGCUAAAGCAAGCAAUCUCCCAAUCAGUAUCAUUAUUAUCGGAGUUGGAGACGAAGAUUUUAGUGAUAUGGAAGAGCUUGAUGGAGAUGAUGAAAGUCAAAGAGUCUUAGAUAAAAAUGACCCCUAUGCGAAGCCUUACAGAGACAUUGUUCAGUUCGUUAAAUUCCAAGACUUCAAACAUCAAGGCAAAUAUGCCUUGUCAGAAGAAGUUCUGAGAGAAGUCCCAACACAAGUUCUGGGCUACCUAGAUCUGCUGAGUUAAUCGUAUUUUGUGCUCUGUUUCAACACGUAUUUUCG